GAGCUGCAGCUCAACUCAUUCAGCUCAGAGCUCUGAGAUGCAUUCGAAUGUCUGAACAAAGUCUGGAUAAACAGGGCUGAGAAACCUACAAGGACUGAUUUCAGGGGAUUUUAAUUGGGAGGACGUGAAACCCCGAUACAGGGGGACCACACGUGGGCGACCAUGUUGGGUCAGAGUGUGCGGUUACAGCCGGUGCCCAUCCAGAGCCUGUCGGAGCUGGAGCGGGCCCGGUUACAGGAAGUCGCCUUGUACCACCUGGAGGAGAGGGACCUGGACUUCAAGAUCAGCAUCCCCAGAGAAACACGCAAGCGGAGAAAAUCUCUACGCAGAAAGUUUGACUCCUUCUCAAAGGAAAAGAAGGAGCGAGAGUCGGCCCCCAAGGCGUUCGGCAUCCCGCUCUCCCAGGUCAUCGCCAACGACCGCGCCUACAAGCUGCGGCAGGACGCCCUGAAGGAGAGCAGGCGGGACUGUCUGGACCUGGAGGCCAGCAUCCUGCGCUUCAGGGCAGAGAAGAGGCAGUUCUUCAACGGGAACAAGCCGCUGGUCUGCUCCCCGUCCAUCACCGGAGGAGUCCCCAGCUCGCCGUCCGCCAACUCGGUGGCGCCGGCGCCCUUUUUUGAAAACCAGAACAAACCGAUGUCGCCCACGUUUCUGGACAACACCGGCCGAGGACAGAGGAGGGGCGGCCUGUCGGUGGACUCCAUCUCCGACCUGGUGGACAGUCAGUCUCGCCUGCUGGAGGCGCUGCAGCUGUCUCACCCUGCUGAGCUGGAGCUGAAGAAGACGACGGGCUCUCAGGAGGGAAGAACCCAGAACAAACUGAGCCUCAACCCCAUCUACAGACAGGUGCCCCGGGUGCUGGAGAGGUGCUGCACCCACAUCGAGAACUAUGGUCUGCAGACUGUGGGGAUUUUCAGAGUUGGGAGCUCGAAGAAGAGAGUGAGACAGCUGCUGGACGACUUCGACCGUGGCGUGGAUGUCCAGCUGGACGAGGAGCACAGCGUCCACGACGUGGCGGCGCUGCUCAAAGAGUUCCUCCGAGACAUCCCCGACCCUCUGCUGACCCGAGAGCUCUACCCCGCCUUCCUGCACGCCAACCUGCUGAGAGGAGCAGACCAGCUCCAGUACCUGCAGCACCUCCUCUACCUGCUGCCUCCCUGCAGCUGUGACACCCUGCUGCGCCUCCUCAGCCUGUUACACACCGUGCAGAGCUUCGCCCAGGACACCAUAGGAACCAAUGAUGAGGAGAUCUCGGGUAAUAAAAUGACAGCUGCUAACCUGGCAGUGAUCUUUGGGCCCAACCUGCUGCAGAAGGAGCGAGGAGGAGACGUGAGUCCUCAUUCGAUGGGGAUCGAGGACAGCACGGCCAUCAUCAGCGUCACUCUGGUGCUCAUCCAGAACUACAAGAGGCUCUUCACGGUUUCUGCAGAGCUGCAGCAGGAGGUCCUGAUGAGUCUGAUCCAGACGGAUCCAGACAUCAUCGACUACCUGCUGCGGAGGAAACUCAGCGGCAGCCACCUGACGGUGGAGAGCAGCAGUGAGUCGGGGGGCCGUCGGGACACGGGGGCGUCUCUGGACUCUGUCGGAGCGUCCAGCGGGAGUUUGUCUCCUCUGGAGCCGCCGUCGCCACUUUUCCCGCCGGACGGUAACGGUGGCGAGGGCAGCCUGACCAGCGAGGUCUUCCUCAACGUGCUCAAACUGAACCAGAACAGGAAGCGCCAGGAGUCCAGAUACAGUGAGGCCCCUUCAGGUAAAUCCAUCCGCCACAUGCGUCAGUUCCACUCCCACCACAACCUGCUGAGCCUGGCCCAGCCCUCCUCCAGGUUCACCGCUCAGGACCCCGACACGGCGGACCGCCGGGGCCCGCUCAGCUCGGCGCUCAGCUUCACGCUGGGCGUCGGCGCCGGCGUCAGCGGCAGCUGCUCCAGUCUGAGCGGCUCCACGGAGAGCAGCAUCUGGGUGAGACAGACGCCUCAGGAGGAGAGCAAACCCUCUCCUGCCUCCAACUUCUGGGACUUCUUCAGCGGGAAAGGCUCCAGCUCGGAGACGAUGGUAUGAUGAAGGAGAGAAGAAGAGGAAGAGUUGUUUCUGCUGCAGAAAUCCACAGAAAAUUGGUCAAAUGUCCUUGUUGUUGUUCUAAAAAAACAUCUAAACAUCUAAAAACUUGAGGGUGUUUUUAUGAUUUUUAACCCUCUGGGGUCUGAGCCUAUUUGCUCUUUAUACACCACAUAAUAUUUACUAUACCCAUGUCUGGUAUUUGGUAUUUUCUCAGCACAACUUCAACAUGAUCUGACUAUUAUUUUUCACUUUAACCCACUUUAUUAACAUAUGGAGCCCAAAAAUACACAAAAAUCAUGAAAUCUGAAAUAAAAUUAUACUAUUUAUGACAAUAAAAAACACAAAUAUGCUCAAUGAACUGUUUCGGACCUGAAAAAUUUAAACAUAGGUUAAAAUAUGAACAUAUAAAGGUAAAAUACAAAUAUAAUAAAACUAUACACAUAAAAAAAUCCUACUUUUACGCUUGAGUAAAUAUUUUUGUACUAUCAAAUUAAAACGAUCAUAUCUUUUUACAUGACGAGAAGCAUCAAACAAAAAACUGGAGAAAGUUUCAAGUCAAAAGCCCCGUUAUCUAGUGAUCAUAGACCCCAGAGGAUUAACAUGGUAAAGUGAAUACUCUGCAGCACAACUCCACCUAAAUUCCCAAUUCCAUCACCCGAUUUAAGGGAGCAAGCUGUUGUGGGGGUUUUUUUCAGUUGAAGGUUGGAAUUUCCCACUUUUCUGGCCUGUCUUGAACGCUGCAUGUGCAUGAAUGUAGUUGGGACACAAGAAAAAGAAGAAGAAGAAGGAAAUGUUGGAUAACUACGGACUUUUAAGACAAAUUUUUGGAUUUGUGUCGGAAAACAAACUUUUUAGCUCCUUCUGACAUGAGUGGAUGAAGGAGAAGAGACUAAAUAUCUCAUGAGAUUAUAUGAAAGUGGAUGCAGUAAUAUUUGCGAUGUAUAUAAUGUAUUCAGACUUUUACACACACAUUCCUCUCCUUUACUACCUACUAGAGCUGCUUAACAUUGUGUAGCUGCAUGGACUCUACUAACACUUCUUUAUUUAUGCUGAUACCAGACUCCCUUUUGGUUUUUGUUGUUUUAUUGUAGCCUGCAAUAAGCUCCAUUCACUGUAAAUACACUCUACAAUUCAUGUGAAAGAAUUCAAAACACCUCAUGACAUCUCAGCAAAAACAACUUUUUAGGGCCCCAAACUUACUGCAAACUACAGUAUUUAAAAGAGUUUUUAGAGACAUCGAGCUUACAUAAAAGUAUAUUUUGACAGCAUUUAUUAUGCAUGUAGUUCUGCACUUCAUAUUGAAAUAUUGUAAUUGAAAUUGGGUCCUAUCUAUCGAUCUCUAGAUCACUUUCUAAAUGUCAGAAAAUGGUGAAAAAUCAUCUCAAAGUCCAUGCUAUUUUCUUGAAAUUGUUUGUUUGUAUCAGACCAAUAUUCCUAAAACAGAAAUGCAUUUACUUCAUAAGGAUGUAUAGUAGAAACACCAUAUUGGAUUUUGGCUGAUUUGCUUGAAUAAUUAGUUAUUAACCCUCUGAAUCCCACGGAAUGUAUUUUUUAUUAAAACGUUUAAAAUACAACAUUGAUACAAUCAUAGAUUAUAAAGGUUUCUGUUUGAAAAAAAGUUUAAAAUUGUGAUAUUUCAUGAUUGAUUCUGCGGUCAACGGCCACGUGACAAAUAUUCAUUGAAAAUCUGUUUACACAGAUUAAAGGUAUGUUUUCUCUAAAAGAUCACCAAAAAUACACCGUUUAUCAUACAAAGAAAAUGUAAAAACAGGUAUUUUCAUUGGAAUCUGAACUUUCCGACAGUCCUUGAACAGAUCAUUGGUUACGAAAGUUCCCAUCAGAAAAAGUAACCAAAACGAAGCUUAAAAUUGUGAUAUUUCUGUCAAAGUCUCUUUAUUCUACAUGUCUCAUUUAAAAUGUUGCCAAAAAUAAACCGUUUGUAAUAAACAUUAAAUUCUGCUCCUCGGAGACACUGUGAAGACAUGAUUGAUUCUGCUGAGACGAACGGUCACGUGACAAAUAUUCACUGAGAAUCUGUUUACACAGAGCUGAGAGGAAAGGACAGGAGAGGCUGUGAAAAUGCAAAUAGUUCAAUAUGGACAGUACUUAUAUAUUACAUUGAAAUACAAGGCCACAGUGAGUAAAAUGUAAAAAUAUAGAUAAAUAAAAAAAGAGUAAAAAAACACCAUGAAAUGGCUUUUUGUUCAGAGGGUUAAGGAAAAAUCUACAACUGCAAUCUGCUGAAGAGUCAUUUGGUAUAACUGAAAGUUCAAAUACAGGCACUACAUUUGCUGCUGUUUAACACACACACACACACACACACACCACCCUCUUUCUUAUCACGUUAGCCAUCUUGGGAACCUCUGGUUUCUGUCUUUUUCAAAGCUUUUCAAUGUCUAUAUUUCAAUGUGAAGCUCUGCUUUAAAUGCUGUUAAAAUGCCUAAAACCCUUUUACUUUGCAAUCAAUUUCCUCCCUGUACAUCUUCCUGUCUUCUCAUCUGAAUUUUACCUGUUUGCAAGAAAUAUUAAGGCAUUAAUGUCUGUUUUUAUUAUGACUUACAUCUUUGAUAAUACUACGCAGGAUAUUAUAGAACAGUUACCUUCCUUUCACCACAGGAGGGCGUCAUUUACCACAUAAGCUCAAAUCUUUAACCAAAUACCUGCUUUCCCUGUCAUCCACAUUGUUUAGAUCAAGUUUAUUAGGUUUGGGAAAUAGUGCCAAACAACUAGUAGGAAGUGUACACAUGUUUGUUUCUGGCCUCUUUGUAGUAGAAAACCAUGUUUCUAUCGUCUAUACAGAGAUUUUCCCACAUUGUUUUUCUUCACCACAAACACAGGAGUUGUACAAAGUCAGCUGGUGAAUGUAUCGUCUUUUCUUUUGGAUUCCUUUAGGAGAAAAGAAGAUUUAUUUUGUCUUUCUGUCGGUGACUUUUUCUUUUUUUUCUUUUCUAUAUUGUUCAUCCAGAUCCAUCAAGACCUAAACCAAAUAAUGUACCACCUACCUGCAGAGAAUUAAA